AUGACAAACCUCAUUGCACUCGAAGAGCACUACGUGUCUCCCCUUCUCGACGCCAAGAAGCGCGGGGCCCCCAGCCCCGACACAUUCAGGCCCGUCAUAGUGGAAAAGCUGGGGGAUAUUGGUCCGGCGCGGUUGCGGGACAUGGCCGACAACUCCAUAGCCAUGACGGUUCUGUCCCACUCACCAGUCCACCCCGAUCCCGAAACCUGUAAGGCCAUCAAUGAUGACCUCUACUCCAAGAUCAUCCACCACCCGGCCGAGUAUGCCGCAUUUGCAGUCUUGCCGAUGCAUGCUCCCGCCGCGGCCGCCGCUGAACUGCGCCGCUGUGUCUGGGAUCUAGGCUUCGUCGGCACGCUGACGGGAAAUCACCUCGACGACGGCAGCUUCUUCGAUACACCCGACUUCUACCCUCUCUGGCAGGCCGCGCAAGAUCUGGAUGUACCCAUAUACCUCCAUCCGACUUUCCCACCCGAGCAGGAAUCCAACGUCAACUUCCACGGACCCUAUGACGCCGAGAUUGCAACGGCGCUGGGGAGCUGGGGGUGGGGCUGGCACUCCCGAACGGGUCUCCACUUUCUCCGCCUCUUCGCCGCCGGCGUCUUUGACAGGUUUCCCCGGCUCAACAUCAUCCUCGGGCACAUGGGAGAAAUGCUGCCCUUCAUGCUCGACCGAAUCAUGGGAGCCUCUGCGAGAUGGCCUGCGCCCGAGGGCGGGGAGCGGAAGCGCGGGCUGAGGCGGGUGUGGGAUGAGAAUGUGUGGAUCACGACGAGCGGGAUGUUUUCGCUGGCGCCGAUGGCGUGUCUGCUGCGGGAGACCAAGGUCGAGAGGAUCAUGUUUAGCGUGGAUUAUCCGUUUGCUAGGAACGGGGCUGGCAAAGAGUUUAUGGACAAGUUGAAGGCGAGCGGGCUUGUGAGUGAGGAUGAGUGGGAGGGGAUUGCGUGGAGGAAUGCGAGGGGGCUUCUGAGACUGAAGUUUGAGCCAAAGAAGUCAGUGUAG